AGUGGUCCCAUGAGAUGGUGGAACUAUGUGGGAAGUACAGCAGUGAUGGUGUGGUGGGGCUGGACCUGGCAGGAGGGAAGGUUGGAUACAAAGAAGAUGCAAACCUACCUCAUAUCAAGGCCUUCCAGGAUGCCCAAAGGCUUGGAGUCCAUCGAACAAUUCAUGCAGGGGAGGUCGGAGGGCCAGAAAUAGUUGAGGAGGCAGUGACAGAGAUGCAUGCAGAGCGUAUUGGCCAUGGAUAUCAUGUCUUGGAUGAUGAGGACUUAUACCAACGUCUCAAGAAGGAAGGCAUGCAUUUUGAG